GGCCUGGCCUGGCCUGGCCUGUCAGCGCGUGCAGCGGCGGUCCAGCACCAUGUCCCUGCAGUACGGGGCGGAGGAGACGCCCCUGGCCGGCAGUUACGGCGCGGCCGAUUCGUUCCCCAAGGACUUCGGCUACGGCGUGGAGGAGGAGGAAGAGGAGGCGGCGGCGGCGGGCGGUGGCGUCGGGCCGGGGGCCGGCGGCGGCUGUGGCCCGGGGGGCGCUGACAGCUCCAAGCCGAGGAUUCUGCUCAUGGGGCUGCGGCGCAGCGGCAAGUCCUCCAUCCAGAAGGUGGUGUUUCAUAAGAUGUCACCCAACGAGACCUUGUUUUUGGAAAGUACCAACAAGAUUUAUAAAGAUGACAUUUCCAAUAGCUCCUUUGUGAAUUUCCAGAUUUGGGAUUUUCCUGGGCAAAUGGACUUUUUUGACCCCACCUUUGAUUACGAGAUGAUCUUCAGGGGAACAGGAGCACUGAUCUAUGUCAUUGAUGCACAGGAUGACUACAUGGAGGCUUUAACGAGACUUCACAUUACUGUUUCUAAAGCCUACAAAGUUAACCCAGACAUGAAUUUUGAGGUUUUUAUUCACAAAGUUGAUGGUCUGUCUGAUGAUCACAAAAUAGAAACACAGAGGGACAUUCAUCAAAGGGCCAAUGAUGACCUUGCAGAUGCUGGGCUAGAAAAACUCCAUCUUAGCUUUUAUUUGACUAGUAUCUAUGAUCACUCAAUAUUUGAAGCCUUCAGUAAGGUGGUGCAGAAACUCAUUCCACAACUGCCAACCUUGGAAAACCUAUUAAAUAUCUUUAUAUCAAAUUCAGGUAUUGAAAAAGCUUUUCUCUUUGAUGUUGUCAGCAAAAUCUACAUUGCAACAGAUAGUUCCCCUGUGGAUAUGCAGUCUUACGAACUUUGCUGUGACAUGAUUGACGUAGUAAUUGAUGUGUCUUGUAUAUAUGGGUUAAAGGAAGAUGGAAGCGGAAGUGCUUAUGACAAAGAGUCUAUGGCAAUUAUCAAGCUGAACAAUACAACUGUCCUGUAUUUAAAAGAAGUGACUAAAUUUUUGGCACUGGUCUGCAUUCUUAGGGAAGAGAGCUUUGAACGAAAAGGUUUGAUAGACUACAACUUCCACUGUUUCCGAAAAGCUAUCCAUGAGGUUUUUGAAGUGGGUGUGACCUCUCAUAGGAGCUGCAGUCACCAGAGCAGUGCUCCAAGCCUGAAAUCAUUGGCACACAAUGGCACACCACGGAAUGCCAUCUAGUCUGAAUCUCAGUGGUCAAGGCUUAGUUCCAGCUUGCUUCUCACUCCAGGGUCAGAUGCCACAUGGCACAGGACAUGGGAGCUGUUGCGUCUGGUGCCUGUCCCACUGGAGGCGAGGGGUAGAGUUUCAUUUGGAUGAAAACCCCUUCACCCGGCGGUGUACAACUGAAACUUUUUUUUUUUUUUAAACGGUGCAAAUGAAUUCUAGAGACUUCGGAACUCAGUGUGUUUCUCUUUUGGGUCUGUCUUUAACCAGUUGGGAAAUUUUGGACUUAGAGAUAACAUGAGUUAUCCAUUCUUACCAGGGAAUGUUGCUGUCAGUUCCAGCCUAAAAUAAUAGAAAAACAACUGAACUUUUAUAUACUCCCCGUAGGCUUUCAUUUGAAUAGUCAGUCUCUAAAAGCCUUGCUUUGCUUACGUUCUAACACUGCCUGUCAGAUCUCAGUUUUGGACAUUGUACCUCUUAAGACCUUCCACCUUCGCUUGCUAACUCAGAAGAGACAUUGUCUUGAGUGUAGCCAAGGAUGUUCCUGGGUCUGCUGUGAAGAAACAGGAGUUGGGUGCCGCUUCGAGUGGUGAGUGGGGCUCAGCUGCGGCUGUGCUCGCCCCUUAGAAGUGCUGAGCAAACCUGCGACCAGGAGAAGCCCUGCACCGGCACCAGCACCAGCACCGCCGAAUGCACUCUCUCUUGUGUCUGACCGAGCACCACGGAGCAAAGGGCAUGUCAAGUGCUUUUCCUCACCGUCCCCUUUGGGGGAGAAACUCAUUGUGUCUCUGAAAUAUUUAGCCCACUUUUCUUUAAUCUGAUAUCAGCUCUACUUUUUAUUCUAAGUUAUCUAGAUUCUUUUAAGAAUGGCUGUUUGUUUUUUUGCUUUUUCUUUCCACAAAUGACCCUGAGGCGCUGGUGGGUUAUCCCCUGGGGGUUGGGAAACAGCAUGUAGUGCCACACAUGUGUUUUUACUUACUCUGUCUCCAGUAUUGUGACACCAAGUGUCACCUGUGGUACUUCCCUUUGCCUGGGGUAUGAAUCCUUAAUUGUUUUGCUCAUAGUUGAGCCUUCCCAUUGAUUUGAGCUCACACAUUGUUUUACUCCACACGCCCAGUACCCAUGUAUUCCAAAACCACUGGGCAGCUUGAGUACGUAAGUGCCACUGUUCAAUGACAUCGAAAUUCAGGUCUGUAAACCUAACAGUGUGACUUGGAGUGCUUCCUGCAGAUGAUUCUGACUGUUGAGUAUUUACAUGGACCAUGGUGAUAUCCAAAAGAAAAAUGCUUUUAUAUUUAUAGACUAUUUCAUUAAACUAUAUAUAAAAUGGGUAUCAAUAAAUGUAUUUACUCCAA